AUGCUAGCCGACAUUGCCGUUGCCGAUGCCGCUCGCAAAGCACCGAGCCGCAACGUCAAGCACGAUGAGACCGCUGAGAUGGCGAGUCAGACUCGAAAGACAAUCACAACGCGCCUUCAAGUUGCCAAAUCACGGCUGGCCCAUGAAUCAAAAGAAGGUGCUACUCACGGUCACGUCAAGGACAAGCGCGAACGCCUCAUCUCCAUCAUUCACGAAUGCUUCAACGGCGUCGAUGGCAUCAACAAUGCCAUGAUCGAAGCCCAGGAGCGUGAGAUCCAGCAUUUGAACAGGACUAUCAAGAACGCCAGCCGCCACAGCGAGACGCUUGAGGCGAAGGUACAGAAGCUGGAGCUGGAGAGUAUCGAAGCCGUCAAACGUUAUCGAACCAACGAGAAGCAGGUGCGAGAGCAGCAUACCAAGGACUGGAAGCGGAACGCGACACGACAGAAGCAUGACCUCGCCAAGAAAGAUGCAACAUUUCACGAGUUCGAGAAUGCGGCUGAAGAAUACAUCGCGGCCCUUCAAUCUGCCUACGACAACGAGUUAACCAAGCUUGACACCGCAGUGAAGGAAGCAGAGGCCAAGCACAAGAAGGCAUUACAAGGAGCCACCAACAGGAGCAGCAAGGACUUCGCUGCCAUGCGAGGCGAGUACGAGAUGACCCUGGCGAGCUUGAAACAUGCAAAGAAACAAGCAGAGACACGGCACGCUCAGGAGCUGCAACAAGCGGAUAAGGAGGCAAAGACAAAGGCUGCCGCGCUCCGCACAGAAAACGAGCAGCUCUCCAGCGAACUUGAAGGGGAACGCAACGACCGUCGAGCACUUGAACAGAAGCGAGAAGAGAUGCGGGACGUGCGCAAGAAGCUGAACGGCCAGAUAACCAAAUUGAAGCACGACCUUGAGGGUGCAAAGUUUCGAAUGAACAACCUCGAGUCUGACAACGAGCGAAUGAAAGGUCAAGCAGAGACCUCAGAUCAAACCCUCUCCGCCAACGCUGCACGGAUCACGGCAUUGAAUGAUGAUAACAGACGUUUGUCCACCGAAAAGAAUGCAGAGCAGGACCGAAAUGCCGAGCUUCUCGUUGACAUAUUGCUGUUGACGAAGGAUGUCGAUGACCUCGUCCAGACGUCCCAAACUCACCUCGAUGAAGUCAGAAACAGCGCGUCUGACGAGAUUCAUGGCCUGCUUCUGGAGCUUGAAGAGUCGAGGGAUCAUGCUCGUCAGCUGAAAUCCCAACGCAAUCAGAUCCAAGAGACCGCCUUGCAGCGUGGACUCUUGUUGCAGGUCACCAAUGCCCAGCACCGGCGGACACGCAGAGAGCUCGAAGCCAGUCGUACAAUCGCCUCAGGCCAAGAAGGGAGCAUUCGCGAGCUGACGGACAAGAAUUCUCGCCUAGCGCGCUCCUGCCAGGACCUCUCUUCUGAACUCGCAGAGCUGGACGAGUCCAAGGAGGCCGUCGAGCGAGUAUUCUUGCUGCUUCAGGGCCAACGCGGGAGGGAGCUCGAGAUGUGUCGUGACACAGAGCGUGGACUGGAGGCUCGGCUCACGACAGUCAAUGACAAUAACCACGAGCUGAGGCAGUCGAAUCACCGUCUUGUUGAUGAACUCGCGGCAUUGGACGAGUCCAAAGAAGCCGUCGACCGAGAACUGUUGCUCGCCCAGGGCCAGUAUGGCCUCCUCGAGCAACAACACGGCACCAGCAUUGCAGAUGGUAUUGUCAAGAGGCGCAGAAUCGACCAGCUGCAAGACAAAAUGUCGGACGCCACAGAUCGAAUCGCUGCUUCUGGGAGUCAGGCGACUGGAUAUAGGGGAGCGAUGUCGGUCAGGGACAACCAGAUCACGAUGCUUCAGCACCAUCACAAAGCAACCAUGUCUAUCAAGGACGAUCGUAUUGCUCAACUGGAGCAGAAAUAUCAGGCCAGCAUCGCAGACGGGACUUCCAAGAAGCGCAAGAUUGAUGAGCUGCAGGAGCAAGCCGACGCAGCUGAGAGCCAAGCGUCUGGAUAUCGAGCAGGGUUGUCGAUCAAGGACAGCCAGAUCUCGAUGCUGCAGCACCAUCACAAAGCGACGAUAUCUGUCAAAGAUGCACGUAUUGCCCGACUUGAGCAGCAUUACCGCACCAGCAUUGCCGACAGCACUUCCAAGAUCGACGACUUGCAAGAGCAAGUCAGCGCCGCCCAGAACCAAGCGUCUGGAUAUCGGGCCGGUCUGUCGAUCAAAGACCAACGAAUCUCCACGCUUCAGAGUGAGAAGAGGUCUCUCGAAGAGUCGAUGUCUGCUGCGCGAGCGGGCUUCCAGGACGAGCUUGGUGCCGCCAGAACCCAAGCGGCAGGUUACAGGACAGCACUUUCUAUCAGUGCCGGCCAGAUAUCCCAUGCGCGCGAGGCAUCCAAGCAGCGCCGUGACCGCACCGCCGCCAAAGCCAGGGAAGCGAUCCAAGGCUAUGAGGACGAUGUCAAGGCACUCACCAGUCAAGUCGGCGGCUACAAAGCGAACAUGUCCGUCCAAGACAGCCACAUGUCCAUGCUCCAGCAUGAGCGUGCCGACUUGAAGCAGCGAACCUCGUCGGCCAGGACGACAAUCGCCCGACUCACGAACGAUCUGACACAGAAAGAUGGCCAAAUGUCCACGGCAGCACACGAGCAUGAGGGCGAGGUCGCACGGCUGAACAACACACUGGCUUCAGCCAAUGCGGAUAAGGCAAGCCUCGACGACGAACUGGGUGCGGCGAGGUCUCAAGCUCGGAGCUACCAAACGGCACUCACGGUGAAGGAUCGUCGGUUCUCGAGUGCUCAGCAUGAGCAUGCCGCCGAAGUGCAACAUCUGGAGGACGAGAAUGUCACGUUGAACGGCAAGCUGUCCGAAGCCGAGGAGAAGAUCGUCGGGCUCGAGAACAAGGUGAAGAUGCUCGAAGCCGACGUUCAAAAGGGGCAAUCCGACAUGGCGAUAAUGAGGGACGAACUGCAGGCAGCCGCUAUGGACAUGGAUGAGCAAGACGCUUCUUUCCAAUCUCUGAUGUGGAGGCAUAAGAUGUGCGAGAGAAUGCUGAGGGCGCAGAUGCGUGAGCUUGAGCGGGCGAGGGCCAAGAUGGGGAGACGUCAGCGUCAGGACGUCAGGGCCUGGAACAGAUUACCCUCGAUGUUGGAGGAAGGCGGGUUUUAA